AUGUCGCAUAGGGCGAGCACUCCUUCUACUCCCAUGGCCAAGCCGAAUAACGCACCGGGAAAACGUCUUCAUUCGCAGAAGUCCGUAGACCAAUUACAUAAACCAUUCAAAUGCCCAGGCUCUGCUACGAGAACUCCAGCCACCGAUCGUCCAGCUCGAAAACGAAAGAGGGUUGAUUAUAAAGGUGCUGGUGGCGAUGACGAUGGGGACAAACCAUACACGAAUGCCGACAGAUUAGCUUUGGCGAAUCGAGAUGUGAACCGAUUCCCUGUUUUUCAAGCCAAGGAUAAAGACAAGGUCUUCAGAAAGGCAUUUUGUGUGCCUUUAAUCAAUAAGAAUAGCUCAGCCUAUAAUCCGAAUCGCCCGCCUCCAACACUUGGUCUGAGACAGGGAGCUGUUUUCGUCGCGAAACCAUUGCACGAUCCAAGUGGAGAGUUCUCAAUCGUUCUUCAUGAUCCGACUGUCGAUGAUAAACCAAAAGUACCAGACAAACCAAAAGAAGAUGAGGCUAAAGAGAUGACCAAGGAAGAGUUGGAUGCACCACUAGUCCAUAAAAGUCUGGCCGAGAUUCUAGGUAUCAGGAAGAAAGUUGACAAUGAACAUCCGAGAGUACCAGUUGUCAUCGAUCCGAGGCUUGCCAAGGUGUUACGACCACAUCAGAUCGAAGGUGUCAAAUUCAUGUACAAAUGUGUCACUGGCAUGAUUGAUGAGAAGGCCAAUGGUUGCAUUAUGGCCGACGAAAUGGGUCUGGGAAAGACGCUACAGUGUAUCACACUUCUCUGGACUCUCCUCAAGCAAUCACCAGAUGCCGGCAAGACGACUAUUCAGAAAGCGAUCGUCGCUUGUCCCUCCAGUUUGGUCCGAAAUUGGGCCAAUGAGCUUACCAAGUGGCUUGGUGCAGAUGCCAUCACACCCUUUGCAAUCGACGGCAAAGCAUCCAAGGAGGAAUUGACCAGACAACUACGCCAAUGGGCUAUUUCAACCGGUCGUGCGGUCACCCGACCGGUUAUUAUCGUUUCCUACGAGACACUUCGACUAAAUGUUGAGGAACUCAAGCACACUCAAAUCGGACUGAUGUUGUGCGACGAAGGUCAUCGGCUAAAGAAUGGAGAUAGUCAGACCUUUACCGCUUUAAAUAACCUCAGGGUCACUAGGCGAGUAAUUCUUUCUGGUACACCUAUCCAGAAUGACCUUUCGGAAUACUUUUCUCUCAUCAGCUUUGCCAAUCCCGGUUUACUUGGUAAUCGGCUCGAAUUCCGAAAGCGAUUCGAGCUCCCCAUUCUACGAGGCCGAGAUGCAGAUGCUGGUGAAGCCGAACGCAAAAAGGGAGAUGAAUGUCUGACUGAGUUACUCGGUGUCGUCAACAAAUUCAUCAUCCGACGUACGAACGAUAUUUUAUCAAAGUACCUCCCCGUCAAAUACGAGCAUGUCGUAUUCUGCAAUCUAGCUCCGUUCCAGUUAGAUCUAUACAACUACUUCAUCAAAAGUCCAGAUAUCCAAGCUCUCUUGCGUGGUAAAGGAAGCCAACCUUUGAAGGCUAUCACUUUGCUCAAGAAGCUUUGCAAUCACCCAGAUCUACUAAAUCUAUCAGAUGACUUACCAGGUUGCGAAAAAUUCUGGCCAGAAGAUUAUGCUCCCAAAGACUCCCGCGGUCGUGACCGUGACAUCAAGCCCUGGUAUUCCGGCAAGAUGCAGGUGCUCGACCGCAUGCUUGCGCGUAUCCGACAAGACACAAACGACAAGAUCGUCCUCAUCAGUAACUAUACCACAACCCUCGACCUCUUUGCUCAACUUUGUCGUCAUCGUGGAUACGGCAAUCUACGUCUCGACGGCACGAUGAAUGUCAACAAGCGCCAGAAGCUUGUCGACAGAUUCAAUGAUCCAGACGGCGAUGAGUUCGUGUUCUUGCUAUCCAGCAAAGCCGGUGGAUGCGGUCUCAAUCUCAUCGGUGCUAACCGACUUGUGCUCUUCGACCCUGACUGGAAUCCGGCUGCCGAUCAGCAAGCUCUAGCUCGUGUCUGGCGUGACGGGCAGAAGAAGGAUUGUUUUGUCUACCGUUUCAUCGCAACCGGAACCAUCGAGGAGAAGAUCUUCCAGCGUCAAUCCCACAAACAGUCGCUAUCAUCCUGCGUCGUCGACUCAGCUGAAGACGUAGAGCGCCACUUCUCCCUGGAUAGUCUUCGAGAACUUUUCCAGUACAGACCGGACACGUUGAGCGAUACGCACGAAACUUUCAAGUGCAAGCGAUGCAAGCCAGAUGGCAAGCAAUACAUAAAAGCGCAGGCCAUGCUCUACGGUGAUACUAGCACCUGGAACCACUUUGUCAACAAGGACUUGAUGCCCAUACAAGAUCUACUACUACGUCAAGAGUGUGGGGAGAACGAAGUAUCUGCUGUAUUUCAGUAUAUCUCGCAUUAGGCUACGUUUUACUUUUUGGAGUCAGAUCGAAGAAGAGGUAGCUUUCUUUGCUUCGCUCUCUAUGAUGAUAGAUUUGGCACGGUGUAUUCGAAUGAUGAGCUACAAGACGGAGUGAUGGCAUGACGCAUUUGCUGGUGUUUGGGAUGAUGGUUUUUUGGCUCCUUGCUUCACGGGUUCCAAAGGUACAACAUAGCAUGGUGUUAGCUAGGUACAUACUGCUUCAAUAAAACUACCU